GCGGGGCCCGGAAGGGGCGGGCACAAGGCUACGGAAGGGCGGGACGGAGAGGCCCACCCAAAAGUGGCGGUUUGCUUGAGGCCGUUACCUUAGUACCCAGAGUAGACUGAGUCUGUGGCUAGCUGCGGGCGGACUCCUGGCCAGUGCUGUCUCAGCCGGAGUGGGCCUCCGGGUCUCAGAAGCAGGCUUUUAUCUGGCCCGAGGCACCUAGCCGUUCAGCGCGUCUUCCCAUAACCGGAUACCGAUAAUUGGAACUCUCGGCUGCAGACCCAGGAGUCACAGAUGCCGGGAAGUAUGGCCCGAAAAAAACCUCGAAAUAACACACGGUUGCCCCUGGCUUUAAACCCCUUGAAGAGCAAGGACGUGUUGGCAGUGCUGGCUGAGAGGAACCAGGCUAUAGUACCAGUUGGGGCAUGGGUGGAACCUGCGUCACCAGAUAGUUUGGAAAUCCCAGCAUAUACAUCAGCAUAUUUGAUUGAGGAAGAACUAAAGGAACAGCUAAGAAAAAAACAAGAAGCUUUGAAACAUUUUCAGAAACAAGUUAAAUACCGAGUAAAUCAACAAAUUAGGUUGAGAAAAAAGCAGCAGCUUCAGAAGUCUUAUGAAAGAGCAGAAAAAGAAGGCUCUAUAGCCAUGCAGUCUUCACCAGCACACUUAACUUUCAAAAGGACAAGUGUUUUUCCAAACAAUUUAAAUGCCGCUAUCGGAAGUUCUAGGUUAUCUCCUUCCCUGAUGCUUGGGGAGGGAACAGAUGAUGAAGAGAAUCAGAAUGAAUUAUUUCAACAACAAGCCCAGGCUCUUAGUCAAACUAUGAAACAGGCACGUCAUCGGCUAGCAUCCUUUAAAACUGUGAGUAAAAAAAAGGGAUCAGUGUUUCCAGAUGAUGGAAGGAAAAGCUUUCCCACCCAGGAGACAGUGCUUUCUAAGAAACCAACAUCCACUGGGAUAAAUAUAGGGGUAAGAGGAGAAUUGCCCAUUAAGGUCCAUCGAGGUCUUUUAGCUGCUGUACCUUACCAUAAUUAUAUGGAAAAUCAGGAACUUGACUAUGAGGAACCUGACAAUGAGGAAACUUCAUCUAUUAUAACUGAUGAGAAAGGGAAAGAAAAUUUGUUUGGGAGAGACCAGCAGGACCAGCAGGAUAUCCUUUCUGAAGAUAAGAACAAACCUUUCAGCAGAGUUCAGAAAGUAAAAUUCAAAAAUCCAUUAUUUGUUGUGAUGGAAGAGGAAGAGCAAAAGCAGUUACAUUUCGAGGGCCUUCAGGAUAUUCUGCCAGAAGCCCAGGAUGAUUUUCCAGAAGCUGAAGAUGAUUUGCUGGAAACCCAGGGUGAUUUGAAAGGAAUCCAGAGUGUUGAGCCAGAUACCCAGGCUGUUGAGCCGAACGUUCAAGUUACUGAGCCAGAAGGCCAGGCCAUUGAACCGGAAGGCCAGCCUGUUAAGACAGAAACUCAUGGUAUUAGGCUGAAAGCCCAGAGUACUGAGCUAGAAGAAGGGAGUAUUGUAUUGGAAACUCAGGAUUUUCCACCCCCAAAUCAGGUUUUUCUGUCUGAAAACCAGGAUGUCUUACUCAAAGGCCACUGUGUUCUCCCUAAAGACCAGAAUAUUCUACUCAAAUAUCAGGACCAGGACUUCAUACCCAGAGACCAGCAUGUUCUCCCCAAAGACCAAGAUAUUCUGCCAAAAUAUCAGGACCAGGAUUUUCUACCUAAAGACCAGGAUUUUUUAUCUAGAGACCAGCAUGUUCUCCCCAAAGACCGGAAUAUUCUACCCAAAUGUCAGGACCUGGAUUUUCUACCCAGGGACCAGCAUGUUCUUUCCAAAGACCAGAAUAUUCUACCCAAAUGUCAGGACCAAGAUUUUCUACCAAAAUAUCAGAGCAAGCAUGUCAAACCACCCUCAUCUUUUGAGAAAUGGAAGAUUGCAAGAAGAAAUACUCCUGGAGUGCCAUUGGCUUAUGAUGGGUAUCAAUCAGGAUUGAGCUCUGAAUUUCAAUCACCACUGGCAUUUCAGUCUGGCAUAGAUAAAGAAGAAGAUAAGAAAGAGCGUCAAAAGCAGUACCUGAGACAUAGACGACUUUUCAUGGAUAUUGAGAGAGAACAAGUAAAAGAACAACAAAGGCAAAAAGAACAAAAGAAGAAAAUUGAAAAAAUUAAGAAAAAGAGAGAGCAAGAACGUUAUGCCGAAGAGCAGAGGAUCCUAAAAAUGAACUUUCAUGAAGAACUGUAUUCAGGAGAGAAGAUGAGUGAGAUAUUAGCUCAGUUACAACUUGAAGAGAUCAAAGGAGCCAGAGAAAAACAACAACAGAGAGAAAAAGAAUACCUGAGAUAUGUAGAAGCUUUACGAGCCCAAAUCCAGGAGAAAAUGCGGCUGUAUAAUGUCACUUUACCUCCACUAUGCUGUUGUGGUCCUGAUUUUUGGGAUGCUCAUCCUGAUACCUGUGCCAACAAUUGUAUUUUCUAUAAAAACCACAAAGCAUAUACUCGGGCACUGCAUUCAGUCAUCAAUUCCUGUGAUGUCUCUGGGGGUAACCCAACUCUUCGAGCCGCAAUUCAUAAUUUUGCUUCUGCACACAGACGGACUUUGAAAAAUCUGUAGUAGGAAUCUGAAAUUAACUGGUAGUAUUUUGACUUUUAUUUAAAAUCAACCCUGAGAGAUUAUUUAAGAAAAGCUGUUCAAGUGUGUAAAAUGUAUAAUCCGGAAAUACAUAAUACUGUCUCAUAUAAUAACUGUCUUUAUAAUUGUAAUCAUUGUUUUAAUCUCUACCUUGGAACCAAGAUUGAAAUUCGACUUGCUCAUCUCUUCUUUCUUGUGAACCAUAUGGAUCC